AAUUCCCCCCAUUCUUUUAAAACAAAACCCUAAAUUGCAGUUCCCAGAAACGCCCUAAUUUUACUGUCAGUUCACUGGAAUAAUGGAAGAGACGACGGUAGAAGAAGGCGAUACCAACAAAGAUGUUGAGGUUGCUCCAGCCUUAAUUGCAGUUCACCCAACUGAGAAAUUUGUUGCCGUCGCCGUUGGCUCCGACCUGCGUGUAUACGAUCUCGUAGGUAAUUCUGCGGUUUCUUUGGUUGAUGAAUCUGGGGAACCGUAUCAUAAAGACUCCAUUAGAACGAUUUGUUAUGGUUCGAAAGGGAACCUUUUUGUAUCUGCUGGUGAUGAUAAGACGGUUAAGAUUUGGGCUACCGAGUCUUGGCGCUGUAUUUAUAAUGUGGUUUCUGAAAAACGAGUGAGUGCAGCUGCCAUUAGCCCUAAUGGUCUGCAUGUUUGUUUUGCUGACAAGUUUGGGGUUAUCUGGGUUGUGGAUCUUGAUGGAGGCGUUGAUGGAAAUCAGCCUCUGGUUAACAAGAAGGCAGUGUCCUUGCUUUCACAUUAUUGCAGUAUAAUCACGAGCUUGGAAUUCUCACUGGAUGGGAAGUUCUUAGUUAGUGCGGACCGUGAUUUUAAAAUUCGGGUGACAACAUUUCCCACAAAACCUGUGAAUGAAGCUCAUGAGAUUCAAAGUUUUUGUCUAGGCCAUACAGAUUUCGUAUCCUGCAUAGCCUUCAUUUCUAGCCUGGAGUGCUCACAUGGGUUUCUCAUCUCUGGAAGUGGCGAUUUAACUGUACGCUUAUGGGAUAUUCUCUCUGGAUCACUCCUUUACACUUGUGAAAUUGGAGAUAAGGUAGAACUCUUAGAGUCUAAAGAAAGAGAGGGCUGCCAUUCAGCUGUCACAAGUCUCUGCACGAUAGCCAAUGGUGCCCUUGUUGCGGUGGCGGUUCAAAGCUUGCAUGGAAUAAUUCUACUGAACUGUGACCUGUCAAAUCAUACUCUAUCUGUAGUCAAGGUGGUUUCUAUAAGUGAGGAGACAUUCAUCCCGACGAGCUUAUCGACCUGUUGGUCGACUGGGUACCUAUGGAUGGUAACCGGUGCCUCCAGUUUGCACAAUUUGGGGCACUCCUCUCUGGCCCGUGUCAAGGUCAUCAGUGGUUUCAACAAGGACAAUCCCGAUUCCACCACAAAUGAGGUAUCCAUACUGGAAGAUGAUGCAAUACCCGGGGGAAUGAAGCUACUUGAAAAAUUGCAGGGAGGUGUGACAUUCGACGAGAAAGUGUUCUUGGCAGCUGCUGAAGCUGUAAAAACUGCAAUGAGCAAUCUGUUGACUAAGAAACAGUAUUCCACAGAGAAGAGGGACUUCAGAAAGAGAACAAGAAAUGAUAGGAAGCUUAAACAAUGAUAUGAGUAUUCAUUAGUUCACACAUCAACAACAGUAUCCUGUUUAAUGUAAAAUUAGUCAUUUUUUCAACUUUUUUGGUUUAACGGAAGCUUUUAGUUAGAUUAUAUUGUGAUAAUGUUUUAAUUUAAUUCUGCAAGAGAAACUUGACGUACUUUAGCCGUAGUUUUCUUGGUCAAAGCCAUAUCAGUAAUAGGAAAUUAGGAAUGUACGUUGGCCCCCCAAUUAUUUUGAAGAAGCUUAUGUGCAAUGACCAAAAUAGCCCUCAGCUUCUGUUGGCCUCUUUCUCAUGGUUGAAAACUGGCCUUGGUUGGAUUGAAGGUUAUUAUUUUAUUUUUAUGAUGAAAUAUGAGUUAAAAUUGGCUUAUUA